GUGUAUUAGUUCACAAAGUACAUGAACAUGUGUGAUAAGAUGAAAAUACACGUGUAGUUAAGUAUUAAAGAUAUUGAUAUUUUUAGAUAAAGACAUAACACUAAAAUGAUUACGAGUUCGAGUUUCCUAAUUGCUGCAAUAUUAUGUUCAUUAAUAACACUAUCAAUCUGCGAGGAAGAUGAGGCAACGAGUCUUGCUAAAGUUUUUGACGAAAUGGAUACUAACGGGAAUAAGAAAGUAACAUUUAAAGAGGUUUCAACAUUUUUGUCAAGUAAAGGGUUGAAUCAGGACGAUCAAGAUUUUAAAAGAACAGUUCAAACAUUUAUGGAUAGCUACGACAAAAACAAAGACAAAAUUAUAACUUAUGAUGAAUUCGUACCUAAACAUGACGAACUUUGAAACGUCAAAUACUAGAAGAUAUAUAUGUUAUCAAUGUUACUGAUAUAUAAAUAACGAUGCACUUGAAACGACUGUAGAGUGACACGAGAAACAUUUGCUUUAAAUGUGUAUUGCAAAUGUACAUGUAUACAUGCUGUGAGCAUUAUUAUAUGAACAUUUAUAAAAAUACUUAACAAUGUUCAAACAUAUGCUUUGUUUGUUUUAUAAAAAGGACAUAACAUA